GGGACGCGGGGGGUGCAGAGCCGGCCGGGCCUCCCGUUCCCACAGCAGCGGGCAGAGCGGGGCUGCUAUGGCGCUGGCCAGGCCUGUGACCAGGGACUCCAGUCCCCUUCGCCCUGUCCUGCUGCCGCCACUGGUGCUGCUGCUGCUGCUGCUACCCUGGUCCUCCGCCCUCGCCCUGGUGGCUGGGACGGUGCCUUCAGAGAUCCCGAGUGGUCAGACCUCAGACCCAUGUGGCUCAGGGCCGUGCACUCCAGGGACCAAGUGCCAGACAACAGACAGCGGCGGCCACACCUGUGAGCCCAUGGAGCCCCAGGGCUGUGCCACCCAGCCCUGUCACCACGGCGCCCUGUGUGUGCCCCAGGGUCCGGAUCUGAACGGCUUCCGCUGCUACUGCGUGCCUGGUUUCCAGGGUCCCCACUGUGAGCUGGACAUCGAUGAGUGCGCAUCCUGGCCCUGCCACCACGGGGCCACCUGCCGCAACCUGGCUGAUCGAUUUGAGUGCCACUGCCCUCUCGGCUAUGCAGGUGCGACCUGCGAGGCCGAGGUGGACGAGUGCGCCUCCGCGCCCUGCCUGCACGGGGGCUCGUGCCUGGACGGCGUGGGCUCCUACCGCUGCGUGUGCGCGCCGGGCUACGGGGGCGCCAGCUGCCACCUGGACCUCGACGAGUGCCACAGCCAGCCGUGCGCGCACGGGGGCACGUGCCACGACCAGGUCAACGGGUUCCGGUGCGACUGCGCCGACACGGGCUACGAGGGCGCGCGCUGCGAGCAGGAGGUGCUGGAGUGCGCGUCGGCGCCCUGCGCGCACAACGCCACCUGCCUCGAGGGCCUCGGGAGCUUCCGCUGCCUCUGCUGGCCAGGCUUUAGUGGCGAGCGGUGCGAGGUGGACGAGGACGAGUGUGCGGUGCGUCCCUGCCAGAACGGCGGCCUCUGCCUGCAGCGCUCGGACCCGGCCCUGUACGGGGGCACCCAGGCCCCUCUGCCCGGCGCUUUCAGCUUCCGCCACGCCGCGGGUUUCCUGUGCCUCUGCCCUGCGGGCUUUGAGGGAGACGACUGCAGCGUGGAUGUGGAUGAGUGUGCCUCAGGGCCGUGCCUCAAUGGUGGCCGCUGCCAGGACCUGCUCGAUGGCUUCCAGUGUCAUUGCUCGGAUGGCUACACAGGCCUCACAUGUGAGGAGGAUGUGGACGAGUGCCUGUCGGAGCCCUGCCUCCACGGCGGGACCUGCGAUGACGCUGUGGCUGGUUACACCUGCUGGUGCCCGGAGGCCUGGGGUGGACGUGACUGCUCUGUGCAGCUCACCGGCUGCCAGGGACACACCUGCCCACUGGUUGCUGCCUGCAUCCCCAUCUUCAAGUCUGGGGUCCACAGUUACACCUGCCGCUGCCCGCCUGGUACCCAUGGGCCUGACUGUGGCCAGAACACCACCUUCUCUGUGGUGGCCAGGGCCCCCGUGUGGGCGUCGGUGCCGGCUGGUGGCCCCCUGGGCCUGGCACUAAGGUUUCGCACCACGCUGCCUGCUGGGGCCCUGGCCACCCGCACUGAUUCCCAGCACAGCUUGGAGCUGGCACUGGUGGAGGGCACCCUUCAAGCCACGCUCCGGAGUCACGGUGCCACCGCUCUUGUCCUGAGACUGCCGGGCAUGGUCCUCAAUGAUGGCCACUGGCACCAGGUGGAGGUAGCACUCCGCCUUGGGGCCCUGGAGCUGCAGCUCUGGCAUGAGGGCUGCCCUGCCGGGCUUUGUGUGGCCUCUGGUCCCGUGGCCGCAGGUCCCACAGCUUUGGUGGCUCCUGGGCCUUCCGGACCCUGCUCUGCGCGGCUGGGUGGCUCGGCCUUUGCCGGCUGCAUCCAGGACGUACUUGUGGACGGGCACCUUCUGCUCCCGGACAACCUCAGCGGGAAUGUUGUCCUGGGCUGCGAACACCAGGAGCAGUGCCAGCCUCCACCCUGUGCCCACGGAGGGGCCUGUGUGGACCUAUGGACUCACUUCCACUGCGACUGCCCCCGGCCAUACAGUGGUCCCACGUGUGCCCAUGAGAUUCCUGCCGCCACCUUUGGCUUGGGGGGCACCCUGAGCUCUACCUCCUUCCUGCUCCACGAGCUGCCAGGCCCCAACCUCACUGUGUCCUUCUUCCUCCGCACUCGGGAGCCUGCUGGCCUGCUGCUGCAGUUUGCCAAUGACUCGGUGGCUGGCCUGACUGUCUUCCUGAGUGAGGGCCAGAUCCUCGCCAAGGCGCUUGGCAGCCCCAUUGUGGAGCUGCCUGGACGCUGGGACAAUGGGCUCCCCCACCUGGUGACGCUCAGCUUUGGGCCUGACCAGCUUCAGGACCUCGGGCAGCAGGUGCACGUGGGCGGGAGGCUCCUCCCUGCCGACAGCCAGCCCUGGGGUGGGCCCUUCCGAGGCUGCCUCCAGGACCUGCGACUCAACGGCCUCCACCUCCCCUUCUUUCCUCUGCUGGGGGACAACUCCAGCCAGCUUAGUGAGCUGGGCCAGUCCCAGAACCUCACCCAGGGCUGCGUCUCCGAGGACACAUGCAGUCCCAAUCCCUGUCUCAAUGGCGGGACUUGCCUGGUCACCUGGAAUGACUUCCACUGCACCUGUCCUGACAACUUCACGGGGCCCACCUGUGCCCAGCAGCUGUGGUGCCCCAGCCAGCCCUGCCUCCCGCCGGCCACCUGUGAGGAGGUCCCAGAUGGCUUUGUCUGUGUGGCCGAGGCCACGUUCCGCGAGGGCCCCCCGGCCGCCUUCAUCGGGCACAACGUGUCGUCGGGACGCUCGCUCAGUGGGCUGUCGCUGGCCUUCCGCACGCGCGCCCUGUGCUUUUUCCUCAGGUUGCCCAUCCUGCCUGAGGGGUGCAGCCUCAACUUCACCUGCCUCAGUGGUGGCCCCUGUGAGGCUGGGCCUGGCGAUGCCAACUGCAGUUGCCAGGAGGGCUCUGCUGGCCAGAGGUGCCAGAGCCCCACCCUCCCCUGUGAAGCCAACCCCUGCUUGAACGGGGGCACCUGCCAGGCGUCAGGCGGGGUGUAUGAAUGCACCUGCAGCUCGGGGUUCUCCGGCCCGAUCUGUGAAGUGGUGAAGGGCCUGCCGCUGCCCCUGCCGUUCCCGCUGCUGGAGGUGGCUGUGCCUGCAGCCUGCGCCUGCCUCCUCCUCCUGCUCCUGGGCCUCCUCUCAGGGAUCCUGGCUGCCAGGAAGCGCCGCCAGUCAGAGGGCACCUAUAGCCCGAGUCAGCAGGAGGUGGCUGGGGCCCGGAUGGAGAUGGACAGCGUCCUCAAGGUGCCACCCGAGGAGAGACUUAUCUAGGUGGCCUGGCUGCCAGUGCCACACCCCGGAGGUCCUGUAGGAUUUCCAACUGGAGACCCAAGGAGGCGGCUUCCAGGACCUGGGACACUCUCUGGGAGUGUCCCGUGGCUGGCAACCUCUGCUGAUGCCCCAUCAGGGACUGAGGAAAGGGGAACAACUCAGGGAAGCAGAGGGUGCCUCUGAGGCUGUGUGCCUCUCCACCUGACCCUCCAGGCCACCCUGGCAGGUGUAUGGCGGUGUGCAAGGCACACGCGGGUGCAGGUGGCGUGGUCAGGAGUGUGUGUGCGUGAAUGUGGGGGGACGUGUCAGAUUCCACUGUGGGUGUUGUAGUGUGUCUCGAGGUGUGUCUGCCUCUUUUGCCAUGUGGACGUGACUGUGCAGUGAGGGCAGGUGACCCCACGGUCGGGACAACCUGUGCACCCUUGGGGCAGGGGCAGCGCAAGGCCGCAAGUUCUCCAGGAGGCCUAGCCAGGGCUUGCCUGUUCACCGAGGCUUCAGUCCUGGCAUCUCCCCCCACUGCCCGCGGCAGCCUCUGCCCCAGAGACCGCUGGGAAAGCAGGGAGGGCGGGCAUUCAAUGGGCUCCUGGCUCCCAGAACAAAAGCGCCUUCAGGCGGAUCUGUCCUGCCAGUGCCAGAGCCAGUCACACGGGGAAUCCCAGAGCCGCCCACCGACGCCGUGUCUGCUGGGCAGGCCGCAGGAGCAGAGGACGCUGCGCUGAGUUUCCUGCCUGGCCAGGGGUAUUGGCAGAUGGAGAUGCCCCUGCCUACCUUGCAGAGCUGUCAUGAGGAUCAGAGGGGCUGUCAGCCAGGAAAGGAGGCCUGACACUGUUAAACUCUUCUGACAUGAAGGCGGCACAGGUGUCCCCUCAGGUAUCUGAAGUGUCAUCUCCCUCGGUCAGAGGUGCGAGUGCUCCUUCCCGGGGGCCGGCAGGAUGGACGAGAAUCGUCCUCUCACAACUCGCCUGAGCACUCUGGUUCUCCGGCAGCUGCUCCUCCCGCAGGCUGGUCCAGUGGGCUGGCACAGGGAAGGUGCUGGAGGAAGCCCUCGCAGCUGUCUGCCAGGCACCAGUGCCCAGUGGGCACUGGUCUCGGAGCCAGUCCUGCAGCGGCUGAGCGGGGGAGGACGGUGCUCAUCCCAUCCAUGUUCAGCACACUGCAGCCGUGGAUGCCAGGGCACCUGCCCGGGGCCAGGCCUCCCUUUGGCCUGGGGAGGGGCCCUGGUGUCCUUCUCUCUCAGGCUGGCACCUCCUGUGAUGUGGGCUCCAGUGCCAAGGCCAGGAGACCCUUUCAUACUUCUAAGUUGGUUGAUUUUCCCAGGGGCACUUCUAGAGGCGCAGCACUGGGGACUCGGGGGUCCUCAGCCUUUGUCCUUGUCCCUAGGAGGUGGGGCUGCCUUUCCGUGCUCUCUCCACGCUCCCGGGAGAGGGGAGAGGUGAUGAGUUCUCCGGCUGGCUUAUGAAGUCAGUGAUUGGGCAACUUGUGCCAAGUGCAGGCUCCUACAAGAGGACCUCUUAGGCGGCACUUCAUGAAUUAACCCUGUGAUGGCCACUGUGGCGACUGGUCCAGAUGUCUCCUUCGUACAAGCACCCAGUGAGGCCACAGUCUGAUCCGAGGCUCUGCCCGUGCUGACGAGACCUGUGGGGCUGAUGUCAGGCGGUCCCCUGAACUUGUUUUUUCCUGGUGUCUGGGUGCCCUGGCACUGUUGGUGGCCUCCAGUCCUGCUCUGUGGUUCCAGCAGGACUUUGUGGAUCUGUUACCCGCACACCCACGUCCUGCCUAGGAGGAAGCGAGUGGCUGGCGCCGAGCUCUGAGUGAGCACAGGCUUGGGCAUGGGCUGGGGCGAGUCUUUCCCCGCCUGCCCCUCGCCUGGCCCCUCCUCCACUGGAGGGAUGGUAAGGAUGUCCGAGGGGGCCACCGGGGUCUCUCCUGCCCACAGCUUCCUUUAAGGACACAAGGAUGCCAGCCUUUUCCCCAAGAAGAUUUUAUUGAGUGGACACACAGAUCCUCCUUGGGUUGUGAAUUCCAUCCAGUGCGUGAAGAGACUGGUGCUCCCGUGAACCCGGAGUGCUGGCCACCAGCUGCCGGCACAGCCAGGGAGCCUGUGAGGUGUGCCUGCUUGCCCAGACCACCUGGCUCCUCCUCUCAUCCAGUCCUCACUGGAACCUGGGCUGCAGCGCCCCGGGGCCCGGGAGGGGCCCAUGUGAGACGUGGCUCCCCCGCAGCCUGAGAGCGCUCCUGACAUGGGACAGACUUGUCCUGGGAACGGCUACGUGCCAGGUGGCCCAGGCCUCGCCAACCCCUGAGCAGCAGCGGUGUCCUCCCAGCCUCUCAGACAUGGAGGGGACUCCCUGGUAUGCUGGGGACCUCCAGAGACUCCUUUGUCCCACCAGACACCCCCCCUGAGAGACUUGUCUGACCAUUCACAAAUAGGAAAUGAGAAAUCGGGUCAAAAUGCUUACAAUUUCCUGCAUGUCUCAGAUGGUUGUUUUCUUAAAUGGUAGGGCUGUUUUUAAACUCGGUUUAUUGAAAAGAGUCAGUUUUCAAGAUUCAUCAAAUCAAUAAGGUAAAAAGGAAAAGAGAGAUAAAAGAAACAAUAACAAUACAUUCCAAUUUAACUUUGGUGA